AUGGCGGCGGCGGCGGCGGGCCCGGCGCGGCUGGUGCGGUGCGGGCAGAAGGACGAGCUGUACCGGGCCGGGCUGCGCAGCGGGGCCGGCACGGCGCUGCGGGGGCUGGCGGCCCGUCCCGCAGGUGCCCGGCCGUGGCUGCAGUGGAGGAGGGAGGUGGAGCUGCUCUCCGAUGUGGCCUAUUUCGUGCUGACCACGCUGUCAGGUUAUCAGACUCUGGGAGAAGAGUAUGUGAAUAUCAUUCAGGUUGACCCAAGCAGGAAGAAGGUGCCUUCUUUCUUUCGUCGAGCCCUUUUCAUUUCCCUGCACACCGUGGUACCUUACUGCCUGGAAAAGGCACUGCUGCACCUGGAACAUGAGCUGCAGAUGGAGGCUGAGGAAUCCAGGAUCCCAGAGAACCCCCCAGCACUUGGCUUUCCCAGCAGGACCUUAAUUCGCAGCUGGAUUAGGAAGCAGGUUGGGAAGCUCACGGAGCAGCAGAAGAAAACAGCCUCCCAAGUUGUGUAUGUCCUUAAACAAUCCAUCCCUCUGCUGCACCGGCUCCACCUGGCAGUGUUCUACAUCCAGGGCACUUUCUAUCACCUGUCCAAAAGGAUCACAGGGAUUUCAUAUCUGCAUUUUGGAGGACUGCAAGGAGAAGAUCAGAGCAUCCGAUCAAGUUACAAGUUUCUUGGAAUAAUUUCCCUCUUCCACCUUCUGCUGACCAUUGGAGUUCAGAUGUACAGCUUCAAACAGAAGCAGAGAGCGAGGCAGGAGUGGAGGCUGCACCGCAACCUCGCUCACCAGAAAAGCACGAGCAAGGAGGCGGCUGCCGGGCGCCACUCGCGCUGCACGCUGUGCCUGGAGGAGCGGAGGCACAGCACUGCCACCCCCUGCGGGCACCUGUUCUGCUGGGAGUGCAUCACUGCCUGGUGCAACACCAGGGCAGAAUGUCCACUGUGCAGAGAGAAGUUUCAUCCUCAGAAACUGAUCUACCUACGGCACUACCAAACGUAAAGGGAACUUCUGUCUCCUGACAAGGGCCUCAGCUCAUCCCCUCAUACUUGUCCUACAGCUUGGGUUGGUCCAAGAAAAGGUUUUAAAACUGGAAACCCCCUGGGCAAGGUGGCACUACAUUCCUGUGUGACAGAAUAAAGCUAUUUCUGCUUCUACCCUUCUGGCUCUUCUGAUGUCUCUUGACCAUAAUAAAAACGGGUUUCUAAAACAUCCUUAACACAAGUUUAAUAGUUUUCUUCAUUUUGGACAAUAGAAAACUUAAAUUCUCAUUCUCAAAAUGCAGGUGUAGACAACGAGUCCUUCACUCUUCUGUAAUAUCCUUAAGGUAUUAAUAAAAUUCUAUGAUUUAAUCUUAA